AUGAAGUUACAAUUAUCAAGCACAGAUAUUUCAAGAGUAGAUCGAUGGCUUGAAGAACAACUCGAAAGGACAGGGAACUCCCUUCGGAUGGAGAAAAUUGCAGCAGUCCUCGGGUUAAUCUGGAAAUCCCGCAAUGAUCGCAUCUUUAGAAGCAAAAAUCCCAACACAGAAGAACCGAUUGAAAAAGCAGAUACCUUGCUCUGCAGUUAUAAGAGAUGGAACAAAAGAGAUGAGAAAGCCAUGCAAAAUCAACCUCACUUGCAGUCCGUGUGGGUUCCCCCAAAGAAUCGAGCUCUAAAGAUCAAUAUCGAUGGUUCCUUUGAUGCUGGAUGUAGAGAAGCGGCAAUUGCAGGUGUUCUUCGAGAUGGAUCGGGUACGCUGCUUGAAGGUUUCACGGAAAAAAUCCAAGCUUGUUCACCUCUUCAUGCGGAAGCGAGAGCGCUAGUGGGAGCCUUAAAGUUUUUCGGAUCUAGAAGUGGGGAGGAGCUGUACUUGGAAACAGAUCGCAAGGCAUUGAUUGACGCUGAUCGGCAAGAGGAGGAGAUGAAUGAGCAGACUCAAGUUGAGUUCCUAUUGAAUCAAGAACACAAGCGCUACCAGGACAACAUACAGUACUUGAUCGAGCUGCCAGUUUCCGGCGAUUGCACUUUUAAGAGCGACUUAUAA